CAGAGGUUUAUUAUUAGUAUCGUUAUAGUAAAAAAAAAUGUCUUUUAAACUAAAAGAAUGUGUAAAAUUGGAUGAGUCAAAGACAUGAAAACCUAGUUCAGACCAGAGUUGCUUAGAUAUAGGGCAGAUUAUAGACAGCUUGCUCCACCAAUUACAGUUGUGAUUAAGUUUCGUCGUCUGAGGCGGGACUUCCUUUUUGUCAUGUCGAUCCCGGAAGUGUUUCCAAACUGCAACUAGAAUGACGCAGAAUGUCAAAAGCCUCCACGCUUCCUAUCCGCGUGCACUUUCUGUAGCGUCGUAUGCACCCUAUGUAGUGCACUACAAGAGGAGUAGGAGCGAUUUGGGUUUCAGCCCGAAGUAGCGAGUUGACACACCGUUAAGGCAGCUAUAUGUUACCAAGAGCACUGUUUGCGUUUUGAUUAAAUCCCCUUUAUAUGUCUGUGCUGUGCACGCGGACUAUGAGCGCGCGGGACGGAGGUGCUCCAACCCGCGGCAGCUGCUGAGCCAGUGUGAGUCAUCUAUAUGGGCCAUCUUCUCUCAACGAAUGGCCUCCGCUUGAAGAAGAGACCGCAGACACUGCGCAAGAAGAAGAAGAGGAGGAGCUGUUUUCUCCGCGGCCCGUGCAUGCUCUGCUUCUUUAUCCGCGGCAGCAGCAGUGACGGCUUCGAGGCCGAGUGCCGUUCCGACUCCGGACUGGCCAAGUUGAGCUCGCCUGAGGACUGCGCCAAAUUCCUGCUCUCCCCGGCCGAGUUGGCAGUGUGGGAGUGCCAGGGCCGGAGCCUGCUCUCCUCCGUGCCAGCCAGGCUCAUUGGACCUCCAGCGCUCUUCUGCACCGACUACUCUGAGAUGGUGUGCAAACGCAAGAGUGGCGAGCCGCAGCCGUUGGCUCCGUGCAAACAGCCGCGCAGUGCUUCACAGGAGACAACAGAGAGUGAAGAGGAUGAGAAGAAUGCCAGCCAGUCCCUAUUACCCCAGCUCUGCCCACUGCCUUCCUCCUCCUGCUCCUCGUCUUCCUUCUCAGAGGAGCAGGAGAGCUCACUGGUGGGGCUUCAGGUGGACUCGAGUCAUAACCUAAGCAAUGACAAGAACCUUGAUAUUUCCUCUUCCUCAUCCUCCUCUUGCCUUCUCACUCAUAGUAGUGCGGCAGAGGAGGGCAAGAGUGCUGAGAUCACGGACACAUCCCGAAUCAACCACCUACCCUCGUCCAUACUACUCAAGGUUUUCUCUCACUUGUCAGUGAAGGAGCGUUGUCUUAGUGCCUCCCUGGUCUGCAAGUAUUGGCGUGACCUCUGCUUAGACUUCCAGUUCUGGAAGCAAAUUGAUCUCAGCGGCCUGAGACAAGUGAGAGAUGACCUCCUUGUGAAGAUUGCAUCCUGGAAACAAAACGUGACUGAACUGAACAUCUCGGACUGCCGGAACGUUGAGGACUAUGGUGUAUGCACUCUAGCCACGCAGUGUCCUGGUCUGCUGAAAUACACAGCCUACCGUUGCAAACAGCUCAGUGAUGAGUCUCUCUGUGCUGUGGCGUGGCACUGCCCACUGCUGCAGAAAGUGCAUGUGGGAAACCAGGACAAACUGAGCGACCAUGCCCUCAAACAGUUGGGUGAACACUGCCCAGAGCUGAAGGACAUACAUUUUGGGCAGUGCUACAAUGUCAGUGAUGCGGGUCUGAUAGCGCUGGCGAAGGGCUGCCCCAAACUGCAGAGGAUCUACAUGCAAGAAAACAAACUAGUGACUGACAGAUCAGUGCAGGCGUUUGCAGAACACUGUCCAGAGCUGCAGUUUGUGGGCUUCAUGGGCUGCUCGGUCACCUCACAGGGAGUUAUACACCUCACCAGGCUGCGGAAUCUGAGUAGUCUGGAUCUCCGGCACAUCUCUGAGCUGAACAACGAGACAGUGAUGGAGGUGGUGAGAAAUUGCCGGAACCUCAGCUCCCUUAACCUCUGCCUCAACUGGAGCAUCAAUGAUAGAUGUGUGGAAAUCAUUGCCAAAGAGGGAAGAAGUCUCAAAGAGCUGUACUUGGUUUCCUGCAAGAUCACAGACUAUGCAUUGAUAGCCAUUGGGCAGUACAGCAGCACCAUAGAGACCGUGGAUGCUGGAUGGUGUAAGGAAAUCACAGACCAAGGAGCCACGCAGAUCGCUAAGAGCAGCAAGUCCCUGCGCUACCUGGGCCUGAUGAGGUGUGAUAAGCAGGCACGCACUCUGACACACUAGUCAGCAGCAGAACAGGAAAGCAGGCCAAACAGCUCGCACAUUUCUGAAAGUGAGCGCACAGCAACACACCUCACAAUACAUUGUAACACAUUUCAUAGGAAAAACAUACACAAGAAGUAACUGGGGAAAUUCAUACUGUGCUUAUGUAUGUCCAGCAAAGCAUGCUGGGACAGGAACUCACAGAACUGCACUCUGGGCUAGAGGAUCUUUUUGCUCCAAGGUAAAAGAGGCACACGAGUGCCACAGAUGACACAUUUGAGGUUUUUGAGGCCAUUGUGCUGUGGCACGUCUUUCCCGCUAUGUUGUUCUCUUUCAUUCUUCCCCCCACCUUCUCUUUCUCUCACUUGAUUACUUUCUUCCUCCCUUUCUGUCUUUCUCCCCCCCCCCCGCCACUUGCCUCUUCUCUUCCUCCAUCUUUGCCUACCCUGUUAUCUAGCAAGUCACUUAGACAUUCACUUGAAAAAUAGGUUAGCAAUGGAACAUGCAUUCCACCCCUGAUUUUCAAAUUAUAUUUCCCAGAUCGAAACAUAAUAUAAUUUCCUUGAUAUUUUUCACUUGGGUUGUCAAAACAAGAUGAGAUUUUUUUUUCUUCCUGAAAAUGAAAUAUCACUUUCCCAUAAAGAUUUGAUAUAAUUAAAGUGCAUUGAAAUGAAAUUUUUAUUGUUUGUAUUGGUAGGAUGAGAAUUUAUCUGGUUUGGGUGCCACUAUUGAGAACUCUGUCCUCCUCCACUCACAACUUUCAGCAUAAUUUGCAUAGCCAAUGUCCCACGAGAAAUUAAAUUACUCUGUAGAUUACCAUUCUGCACAGCCAAUGCAAAAAUGCUUUAAUCCUGUUUCUAUUUUUGAUGUUGCCUUUGGACUUGUGUAAAAGUUAAUAUAUAUAUAUUUUUAAAUCCUGAUAUCCAUGAUCUGUACAUUACACCCUUACAUAAGGCACUAAGGGGCAGAUUAAGUACAUGGAGGCACAUGGGGCAGUUUAUAUAAACAUACAUCCCAUGGUAAUUGUUUUUUUUUUAAUGUAUUUGGACAAACAAACAUUUGAUCCUCCUUGAAACAGUGCCUAUUAAUAAAGUUGAUACACUAUCAGAUGACACAUAAAAUUGACAUUUUGUAGCAAUUUUCAUAAUUUAAAUGGAAAAAAACAACAACAGAUCAGUCAGAUGGAAAAAGUAAGCACACCCCUACAUUUAUCACAUCUUCAAAUCCAUAAAAUUAGAAUCAGUUGUUUAAGAUUGGCUGUCAGUGAUUAGAAGCUGUUUAGGGAGUGCAGGUGGAACCGGUCUUAUUUAUACCCCUCUCAUAUCUAGUGUCUGGUGUUCCGUUUGUUAUUGAGGUGUGUGGUGUCAUCAUGCCAAGAUCUAAAGAUUUCUCUAAGCCCUUCAUAAAAAAGGUUGUGGAUGCCUAUGAGUCUGGCAAGAGAUUUAAAAAGAUCUCCAAAUUAUUUGAAGUACAUCAUUUUACUGUAAGGAAAAUCAUCUACAAGUGGUGCAAAUUUCCUCACGGUGUCUGCAGGUCCUUAAAAAGUCUUAAAAUGUUUUAAAUUCCUUAAUGUAAAAACAAGGCCUUAAUUAGCAUUAAAAUGUCUUAAAUUCACGUUUCAAAGGUCUUAAAGAUGCAACUGAACCAACACCGUAAAGAAGAUUUAGAUGUUAUUUUUGGCUGGUUGCUGUUUGAGAUGGUAAACCCAUGUGACUGUGAUGCACUCAGAGUGUGUGUGCGGCUCAUCAGUGUUUUAGAGCAGCUCAAACCACAGUAACUGCCGCUCCACACCGUCAUUUCUGUCUGUGCUGUGAGUUUGAGUCGCUUAUAACCUGCAUUUAGACAAAACACGUGCCAGAUUCACUUUGGUUAUGCGUUAGCAUAAUGUUUGUUAUCUCAAACAUUUUUGUGAGCAGAGGUUUACAGCAUUUCACCUGAUUGGUAAUGAGAACUCAAUUUUAAAAAAUGCCAACCAAAAGGAGGUCUUCCUGCAUGUUCCCCCAAAAUAAAAGCCACAAGGUCUAACGCAUAAAAGUGAAUUAAGUCAGAAAUAUAUUACAAUUGUUAUAUUACUAUCUGUACCUCAAAUAAAAAUGUAUUAAGUAUUAUUCAGUGCAAUGGUAAUAUUACAAAAUAGCAAAGGUUUUUUAAUAUACAUAUUU